AUGGCCCAACGCGUCACUCUCCGCAAAAGACAACCCUACAACACCACCUCGAACCGCCGACGCGUUGUGAAGACCCCCGGUGGAAAGCUCGUUUACCACCACCUCAAAAAGCCUGCAACAGCGCCCAAGUGCGGUGACUGUGGUAUCGCUCUCCCUGGUGUUCCGGCUCUGAGGCCUCGCCAGUAUGCUACGAUCUCCAAGCGCCAAAAGACUGUGCGCCGGGCAUACGGUGGUUCGAGAUGUGGAGAAUGUGUCAAGUCACGGAUUCUCCGGGCAUUCUUGGUUGAGGAGGCUAAGAUUGUCAAGAGGGUGAUCAAGUCGCAGCAAAAGAAGUAA